AUGGAUAGUAAGUCAGGCAGAAACCAUGAAGAUGGAGAGUCAGCAACCACUAUAGAAGAAAAAAUAGUUAAGACUAACGGAGAAGUAGCCAUGCGUAGAUAUUCCAAAGGAAGAUUCCUAGGCAAAGGUGGCUUUGCUCGUGUUUACGAGUUUUCAAACUUAGAAACUCGAAAAGUUACAGCAGCAAAGAUAGUCCCUAAGGAGUCACUUCAAAAAAGUCGUGCAAAGCAGAAACUGAUGUCAGAAAUUAAAAUUCAUAGGGCAUUACAUCAUCCUAAUAUAUCCCAAACCUUCUCUCACUUCCCCCUAUUUUUUAAAUUAAUUUUUUUCCAUAAAAUUCAUUUAAUUAUAUAAUAUAGUCGGUUUUGAGCAUUUCUUUGAAGACAACGAAAAUGUUUAUAUUUUGCUCGAAUUAUGUUCAAAUCAAACUAUGAAUGAGCUUCUUCGAAGGCGCAAACGACUUACUGAGCUAGAAGUCCAAUGCUAUAUCUUGCAGUGUAUUUCUGCAAUGAGAUAUUUGCAGAGCCACAAAGUUAUCCAUCGUGACCUUAAGCUUGGGAAUUUGUUUCUAUCUGAUAAGAUGGAAAUAAAAAUCGGUGACUUUGGUCUGGCUGCUAAGCUGGAAUAUGACGGUGAGAAGAAAAAGACCAUCUGUGGGACUCCUAACUAUAUAGCCCCAGAAGUACUGGAUGGGAAGACAGGGCAUUCUUAUGAAGUCGAUAUUUGGUCUUUAGGGGUUAUUACCUAUACGCUACUGGUAGGAAAGCCUCCAUUUGAGACUUCUGAUGUAAAAACUACCUACCGCCGCAUCAAAAUGAACGCUUAUUCUUUUCCUGACCAUGUCCCACUUAGUGAAUCAAGUAAAAGCUUAAUUACGAGAAUUCUGGUAAAUGACCCAGCGAAGAGACCAACUCUUGAUGAAAUCGUGGCCCAUGAAUUUUUUCAUCAAGGUUAUACAGUGCCUAAGUUGCUCCCAGCGUCCACUUUAGCCUGUCCACCGUCAGUUUCGUACUUGCGGCAAUUUAUGCCUAAUGCCCAGCAAACUUCUUCAGCGACCCAAAGAUUUUCAGAUACCACCCCUUCAGCUUUGAACCCAAAAGCUUCACUAAGAACCCCCAGAAAUGAAUUAAUGAAUACAGAAAGGACAGCGAAAAUAAAAGAAGAGACUGGGAAAGUCCUUGGAGCCAGAACUAGUGCAAGUUCUUCAUAUAUUCCGACCCAAAACGGGCCAGAAGUGUGAGUGAAAAAAUGGGUGGAUUAUUCAAGUAAAUACGGCUUACUCCCCCCCCAUCCUUGAUCGAACGAUUGACUGUAAAAAUUCCUAAAAAUUGGGGAAAUUAACCCCCAUCCUUGAUCGAACGAUUUUCAUAUCAUGCAAAUUUUUUAUAUAUAUAAAAAAUAUUAGUUAUCAAAUGCUUUGGAAGAUGUGCCUAAUGAAGUUGUUUUCAGAGCUUUGAGAUGACAGAAAGCUGCGAAAUCAACCAUUCGAAGUGAUUUAGACAUCAACAUAGGCUUAAAAGCUCAAUAAUCUAAUAAAAUAGAGAUUCUUUAAAAUUUUAAAACAAUAUUUAAUUUAAAUUAAAAUUUAUACAGUUUAAAAGGGUAACUAAUAAAUCAAAAUAUUAAAAAUUGGUAUUUUUAUGAAAUUAAUUCAAUUUUUUGCUGUAAAAUAAUAAUUAUUAAAUACUCUUAACCUCUUAUUUAAAGUAAAUAAAAAAAAUCUAUAUAUAUCUUUUUUCAUUUUAUAUAUAAAAUUUUUUUUCCCAAAAAAAUUUUUUUUAACCCCCAUCCUUGAUCGAACGAUGGGCGAGUCGUUCGAUCAAGGAUGGGGGGGAGUUAGGGUAUUUAUUAUCAAAUGGAGCCACUGGGGUAUUUUUUAACGACUCCACCAAAAUUAUUUUAGACCCAAACGGCCAUAGAUUUAAUUAUAUGGAGAGAAGAGGUCCUGAUAAGCAAGAUAUCAUUGUGCAGCAUACUUUAACUGAAUAUCCUAAAGAUCUGCAAAAAAAGAUCACCUUACUCCAGCAUUUUAGAAGUUAUUUAGAUGGAGAUGUCAAACAAGAUACAGGGCUUGAAGAAGAAAAAGAAAAUCCAACACCAAUUUAUAUCAAAAAAUGGAUGCGGACUCGGCAUGCAAUUAUGUUUAGACUUUCUAUAUUUAUUAUAAUUAAUUCAGGAAUUAUUAGAUUUUUCUAUUUUUUUAAAAAAAAUAAUAAUGAGAAUUAUUUUAAAAAAAUAUAAUAAAAUUGUGCAGGUUAAUUUCCAAGAUCACACAGAAAUUAUUCUGUCAAGCGAGACAAGAAUGGUAACUUAUGUGAAUAAGAAAGGAGAAAGAACGACGUAUGCGCUGGCAACAGCACUUGAAAGCACGAAUCAAGAGAUGACGAAGAGGUUGAAAUAUACAAAAGAUAUACUCACGCAUAUGCUGAAUGGGCCAAAUAAAGGACCUUUGGAUGAAGAACUUGCAUAA